GAACAGCAGGUGAACACUUGUGUCUGUGUUCACAGGUAUUACCGUGAAGUCCAGCCUGGUGAAAUAGUGCAGCUCUCCAGACAUGGAAUCAAAAGCCUGAGCAUAAUUCCACGUCCUGAGGGGGAUCCUCCUGCUUUUUGUAUAUUUGAAUAUGUUUACUUUGCCAGGCCAGACUCCAUAUUUGAAGGUCAAAUGGUAUACACGGUCAGGCAGCGCUGUGGACGCCAGUUGGCCAUUGAGUCCCCCAGUGAUGCUGAUGUAGUUAGCACGGUGCCCGAGUCCGCCACUCCAGCUGCUUUAGGAUAUGCCCAAGAGUCUGGCCUGCCUUACAUAGAAGUGCUGUGCAAAAACCGCUACGUUGGCAGAACUUUCAUUCAACCGAAUACACGUCUACGUCAGCUGGGAGUGGCUAAGAAGUUUGGAGCACUGACGGACAACUUUUCUGGCAAACGAGUGGUGCUAAUUGAUGAUUCUAUCGUAAGGGGAAACACCAUCUCACCCAUCAUUAAACUGCUCAAAGAGGCUGGAGCAACAGAGGUCCACAUUAGAGUGGCUUCACCUCCAAUUCGAUUCCCCUGCUACAUGGGCAUCAACAUUCCAACCAAGGAAGAGCUUAUUGCUAACAAACCAGAGUUCAAGGACAUUGCUAACUACAUUGGGGCUACAAGUGUGCGUUACCUGUCUGUCGAGGGCCUGGUCACCGCAGUGCAGAGUGGGUUUAAAUUGUCUGAGAAGGAGCGGAUCAGCUCUGGAAACCAGUCUAGAAAACCGGGCCACUGUACGGCCUGCCUGACGGGCAAAUACCCUGUCGAACUGGAGUGGUGAUGAACCUGCAGCAUAUCGACUAAUAUUCCUGCUUCUGAGAUCCAGCCUGUCUGACAAGGGUAGAGUAAAUGUGCUCUGAGGUCUGAACGGUUUUGCAUAUUAGCGCAUGCAUUAAAGGGGAAUAGUCAUAUUUUCCUAUUGUUUUAUUGGCUUUAAGUGCUGUGAAAACAUUUGCCCCUCAGACUAUUUAAAAAGAAAAGUGAAAAUAGGAUCAAUGACAUCACUGGAUUGUGUAUAGCAUAGCCAAACAUGACUUAAACACAGCUUUUCAUUUACCAAGGUUUACUUCAAAUAGUUUAAAAACAGUAUUGCUUAAACACCUCAUGCUUAAAUAAAUCAUUUAUACAUGUAUUUUGUAUGCAUAUUAAAGCACUUUCAUAAAUUCCAGUGUUUUCCUAUUGAACAGCUUUGGUUCACUUUGUUUUGCUGCAAGGUUUUUCUGUUAAUGCAUAUCUCGUUUGGUUCAGCUCUAUUUGAACAUUAUGAUUGUUCAGUACUUCAUUUGUUAAGAAUGUAAAUAAUUGUAAAUUAUCAUAUGUAGAACCAAGUGGAACACUUAUUUGCUGUUUGUGACACCAAUAAAUUAGAGGUGAACACUAAUAUUGUCAAA